GGAGGCCGCCAUCUUGUUCCCGGAGAUAGGAGCAGCGGUGCAUUACCCGUUACCGAAUAAAACUAGGGGACGUGCGUCCUCCGGGAGAAUUAGGGGUGUUGUACACAGCCACGGUGACACGCGCCUAGUGCCGGGACCGGCGCCCGCUACGCUCCCCUUGUGCGGCGAGUGUCCGGUUUUCGUUGCUCUGGAGGGAGGAUGAACGGAGGAUAAAUGGUGCCCAAACCGGACAGCGGCACCUUCCUCGUCCUUUUCCUGCUCGUGCUAACCCUGACCGAGCCGCUGCGGCCAGGUCCUCAAGUAGUUCUCGCAAGACUGCAAUCAGAAUUGCGCUGUACACAUGUGCAGUUUGCCUGCCACAGUGGAGCGAUCCAGUGUAUACCUUUGCAGUGGCAGUGUGAUGGUUGGCCAACCUGCGAGGAUGAGAGUGAUGAGGUUAACUGUCCAGGAAUGGGAGGAGACCAAAGAGGAUUUCAUGGAAAGGAGAGCGUGGAGACACGACAUAGUCGUACCAGGAAUGGGGAAGGGCCUAGAUUCCAAACGGUUAACUUUGCCCAGCCUGUGCGUUUCAGUAGUUUCCUAGGGAAAUGCCCAUCAGGGUGGCAUCACUAUGAUGGGACAGCAAGCUGCUAUAAGGUGUACUCCUCUGGUGAAAACUACUGGGAUGCUGUUCAGACCUGUCAGAAGGUGAACGGCUCUCUUGCAACAUUUACCACAGACUCUGAGCUAAAGUUUAUCUUGGCUCAAGAAUGGGAAAUGGAAGAAAGGCCGUUCUUAAGAAAGGACCAGAGGAGACUUUGGGUAGGUUACCAGUUUGUGAUCACAAACCGGAACCAUUCUGUGGAGGGACACUGGGAAGUGGCUUACAAAGGCUCCUCUGAAGUUUUCUUACCUCCAGUGCCCAUAUUUGGCAUGUAUGAUAAUGAGAACAUCCUUUGUGCCCAGCUGCAGUAUUUUUAUCUGCCAUCUCUCCGGCAUCAUGGACUCCAUAGCUGGUACGCCGAGAACUGCUAUGAAAAGUCCUCCUUCCUUUGCAAACGCAGUCAGACCUGUGUUGAUAUCAAAGACAACAUUGUAGAUGAGGGCUAUUAUUUCACCCCAAAAGGAGAUGAUCCAUGUCUCAGCUGCACGUGCCACAACGGUGAACCUGAAAUGUGUGUGGCUGCUCUAUGUGAGAAACCACAGGGAUGCCAGCAGUAUCUCAAGGAUCCAAAAGAAUGUUGUAAAUUCACUUGUCUAGACCCUGAUGGAAGCAGUCUUUUUGAUUCAAUGGCCAGUGGAAUGCGUCUGAUUGUGAGCUGCAUCUCCUCUUUCCUUAUACUCUCUCUUCUGCUGUUCAUGGUUCAUCGGCUGCGUCAGAGACGGAGGGAGCGUAUUGAAUCUUUAAUUGGAGCAAACUUACAUCAUUUUAACUUGGGUCGCAGAAUGCCAGGAUUUGACUAUGGACCUGAUGGCUUUGGCACUGGCCUGACACCACUCCACCUUUCUGAUGAUGGAGAGGGUGGAGCCUUCCAUUUUCACGAACCACCUCCUCCAUAUACUGCAUAUAAAUACUCUGACAUCCACCCCCCGGAUGGUCCACCACCACCAUAUGAAGCUUCAAUAUGUCCUGACAUUAUUCUUUGCUCAACAACUGAUCAAGUAACUCGGCAGUCAGCUGGGUUGGGGCAACUCUCCACAGCGAGCAGUAGCAGUGCCUCUUCGCCACAAACUACAGAAGAACCGCUGCCACCUGCAGUGCCACCGCUGCCUCAGCCGCAAAGUGAUACAGAAGACUCUGAAGACAGAAGCACAUCACUACUUGUUGCUCCUAAUAUUCUUCAAAAUGAAGCCUUCCCCAAUGCUGGUCAGUCUGGGCCCUCACCGAGUAACCGUUCUCUGAACACUGUUGUUUGAGAUUGGAUUGAGAGCGGCCCAUGUCAUUGCUAACCUAAUUGAACUGUUGAAAGAAUUAGCUGAAAUAUUCUGAAAGAAGGCUCCUAGAUCACACAUCCUUAUUUUUUUUAAAA